GGGAGGUCUAAGUUUCAGCAGCACGGAAAAAGUAGGACCACUCAGCAGCUGCUCGAAGGAAAUUUUACUCGAGCGAUCGGCGUCGACGCUGGUGGCAAUAUCGAGGCAGCUUCGAAAAAGAAAUGGGAGAUGAGAGGUAGCAGGAGUUCGUUCAUAGGCCAUUAUACUGUUCUGCAUAUAAUAUUCAUGUCCACGCUUCGAUCAUGAUCUAGAGUGGCGUUCUGCAAACUGAACUUUCUCUAAGGUUGAUAAGUCUGAUAAGUCAGGCAGGAGGCAAAGGUUCUGGCGAGGGAAAAACGGUUCUUCACUGUCUGGAGAUUACGGCCGGGAAAUGAUCCUUACAACAGUCUCAGGUUGGAUCUGCUUCUUCGCUCUGUUAGCGGGUCGUCUGUGCACGACGAUAUCAAGGAUUGUUGCUCUGGAACGAGCUCCAAGGUUUAUCCGAUACAACUCGUACGACCGUGGUCAGAUUCUGGAUUCUAUAACAAUGUUGAAUCAACAUCCCUACUUGAUUUUGCUUCUCCUGCUUCCACCUGCGUCAUCACCUCAGGAGGAAUCCAGCUCUCUCAGCAGCAUGCCCACCGCUGACCCUACUUGAAUCAGGACUGUUGAGAGACGAACUGCGUCAACGCUUGAUACCAAUUGACACGGGAGCUUUCGAAUUAUUGAAAAGCAUUUAGAAUCUGUAUUCUCUCACAAGUUCGUGGAAGCUUGAAUGAACUGACAUGUUCGUAAUCUGGGGUACGGCAUCUCUAUCAGACAGUGCUCGGCUCCAAGGGCUAAUUUGACUUUGAGCUUCGAUGCCUUCUCGUACAAAUAAAUAAAACUAGCUCUUGUGUCCGGUAUGAGUAUACAAUUCGUAAGAACGAAAAUAUUCU